GAACCGGAACCUUUUCAAGCUACAACUGUGUUGCCUUCACGAUCAUGUGUAUCGCAGAGCUUCAUUUACAUUCCCUUUACACAACUGAUAAAAACGACGAUGUCUCCUCCUCAUCAAGCAUGGAUGAUUUAAAAAUGAACGUUAGUCAUGUUCAAACGCGUGGUUAAUGCGUGGUCUUGGCCGACUGUGGAAGCUUAAUUGAUUUACUUAGAAGAAGGUAAUAGCAACAUUGUAACGCAUUGGAAAGAUGGGGAGCACGACCUCUUGCUGUGUGUCUUCAAGUCCGAAGCUCCGAAGAAAUGCUCAUUCGAGGCUGGAGUCGUACAACACGGAGCCGGAGUUGAGUAGGGAGGAUACGGGCUGCAACCUGCAGCACAUCAGCGACCGAGAGAAUGUCGACGAGCUGAACAUGGAGUACAACCCCUCUGACCAUCCUCGGGCCAGCACAAUAUUCCUCAGCAAAUCUCAGACGGAUGUGGACUUGUCCAGCAAAAGUGUGCGUGAAAAAAGAAAGAGCCUCUUCAUCAAUCAUCAUGGAUCAACUAGAAGAAAACACAGCUCCUGUUCCACCAUCUUCCUGGAUGACAACACAGUCAGUCAGCCCAAUCUUAAAUUCACCAUUAAAUGUGUAUCUCUUGCAAUAUAUUACCAUAUCAAGAAUAGGGACACAGAUGGAGGAAUGCGGCAAGACAUUUUUGACGAGAAGCUUCACCCUCUCUCGAAAUCUGAAGUGCCGUCUGACUAUGACAAACACGACCCCGAGCAGAAACAGAUCUACCGCUUCGUCCGGACGCUGUUCAGCGCUGCUCAGCUCACUGCAGAAUGUGCCAUUGUUACACUGGUGUACGUUGAGAGGCUGCUGACGUAUGCAGAGAUAGACAUUGGCCCAGAGAACUGGAAGCGUAUGGUACUGGGAGCCAUUCUGCUGGCCUCUAAGGUCUGGGAUGACCAGGCUGUUUGGAACGUAGACUACUGCCAGAUCCUCAAAGACAUCACCGUGGAGGACAUGAACGAGCUGGAGCGUCAGUUUCUGGAGCUUUUGCAGUUCAACAUCAACGUUCCAUCAAGUGUUUAUGCCAAGUAUUACUUUGACCUGCGCUCACUGUCAGAGACCAACAACCUGAGCUUCCCUCUGGAGCCCCUAAGCCGGGACAAAGCCCAGAGACUAGAGGCGAUCUCAAGGUUAUGUGACGACAAGUACAAGGAUGCCAGGAGAGCUGCCAAGAAGCGCUCAGCGAGUGUGGACAAUCUGGUCGGGGUGCGAUGGGUCCCUGCCAUCCUUUCCUAACAACCAGGAACAUAGACCACACCUGAGACUGGGCCUGAGACUGGGCCUGAGACUGGGCCUGAGGCUGGGCCUGAGGCUGGGAUAGAGGCCAGCAUGGUAAAAUUCCCAAAAUUCCCAGGUUUUCCAGAAUACCUGAUUGGAGGAUUCCAGAUUUCCUGCUGAUUCUGGGAAUCAUCCAAUCUUGAUUCCUGGGGAAUUUUGGAAAAGUUACCCGAAUUCUGCAACCCGAACCUGGAUAGACAGACCGACCUUGUCACAGAUAGAUGCCUUCACAGUGCCUCCGCUCCUGUAACACGGGGAAGAGCUCUCUAUAGGACUGGUGGUUCACUGACUGUUAAGAGUAAGAAAAAUGAAAGCUUCUUUGUGAUACAACAUAAUGAUGACUGUUAAGAGAUCUCAUGACAUCACAGUUUUCUGUGGACAGAAGCAGCCAGGUGACCAUCAAGACCAUCAGAAGUAGCCAGCCAACCAUCACUGUGGAAACAUUAGCUUUAUGCGUUGUAGCAGCAAACCAACAGAGAAGUUGUCAGAAAACAGUGUCAUUUGACCUCUUUUCCUGGGUCGGACCAAACGAAAGAAAAAGGACUGAAACGGUUGGAUGACCUGUUUUCCGUUGAAAAGGUUUUGCUAUGGCGUGCACUAAUGAAUACGAUCAUGGGUCCUAGACUGUCCAAGCUGGCGUGGCACGACAGACAGUUGGUUGCCUUUGGAGAUGGUUCUGUAACUUUUGGUGAAAGGGUUUAUAUUCAUUUUGUGUUCAUAAGGUUGUUUUCACUGCCUACUGCUAUAGCCGACCAAACCCAGUACCUGCAGACAUAAUUUGAUCAGGUAAAACAGCAUUCUAGCUGUGCAGGCGUUUCGACUGGAGAUCUACAUUCAAAUUCCAGAAACAUUUAGUUCUUAAUGAACACAUUUAUUUUGUUCAUGUUCAAACAAGUUGACCAUAUUACUUUACUACCCACUGGGCAGAAACUGGUUGAAUCAACAUGGUUUCCACAUAAUUUCAACAAAACAAAUCAAUGUGAUGACGUUGAAUCAAUGUGGAAAACUGAUUGGAUUUGAAAAAAAGUAUUUUUUUCACUGAACUUUUAACCUAAACUUUUAAUGUAAAUAAGAAAUAGACGUUGACCUGACGUCUGUGCCCAGUGGGUACCUUUCCACUAGUAUAUCUCCCUAGUUACCGUACAUCCCAAUACUCAGAAUGUUAUAUUCAGAUCUGCAGCUAAAUUCACCAAUGAUUUACUACAUGGCCAAAUGUAUGUGGACACCCCUUCAAAUUCGUGGAUUCGGCUAUUUCAGACACAUCUCUGGAUGACAGGUGUAUAGAAUUGAGCACACAGACAAACAUUGGCAGUAGAAUGGCCUUACUGAAAAGCUCAGUGACUUUCAAUGUGGCACCGUCAUAAGAAGCCACCUUUCCAACAAUUCAGUUCGUCAAAUUUCUGCCCUGUUAGAGCUUCCUUGGGCAACUUUAAGUGCUGUUAUUGUGAAGUGGAAACAUCAAGGAGCAACAACGGCUCAUCCACAAAGUGGUAGGCCACACAACCUCACAGAAAGGGACCGCUAAGUGCUGAAGCGCGUAAUGCGUAAGAAUCGUCUGUCCUCGGUUGUAACAUUCACUACUGAUUUCCAAACUGCCCCUGGAAGAACGUCAGCACAAGAACUCGUCAGGAGCUUCAUGAAAUGGGUUUCCAUGGCCGAACAGCCGCAAACAAGCCUAAGAUCACCAUGCGCAAUGCCAAGCGUCGGCUGGAGUGGUGUAAAGCUCACCGCCAUUGGACUCUGGAGCAGUGGAAAUGUGUUCUCCUGAGGAAUUAAUCACAUUUCACCAUCUGGCAGUCCAACGGACGAAUCUGGGUUUGGCGAAUGCCAGGAGAACACUACCUGCCCGAAUGCAUAGUGCCAACUGUUAAGUUUGGUGGAGGAGGAAUAAUGGUCUUGGGCUGUUUUUCAUGGUUCGGGCUAGGCCCCUUAGUUCCAGUGAAGGGAAAUCUUAACGCUACAGCAUACAAUGACAUUCUAGACGAUUCUGUGCUUCUAACUUUGUGGCAACAGUUUGGAGAAGGUCCUUUCCUGUUUCAGAAUAACAAUGCUCCCGUGUACAAAGCGAGGUCCAUACAGAAAUGGUUUGUCGAGAUCAGUGUGGAAGAACUUGACUGGCUUGCACAGAGCCCUGACCUCAACCUCAUCGAACACCUUUGGGAUGAAUUGGAACGCGACUGAGAGCCAGGCCUAUUCAAGAAGAGUGGAGGCUGUUAUAGCAGCAAAUCGUGGACCAACAUUAAUGCCCAUGAUAAAUAUGUGUCCACAUACCUUUGGCCAUGUGAGUGAUACUUUUGGCAAUGUGAGUGAUUUAGCUACUGUGAAUGUGUCAUCCACAGGAUUCAAAGUAGGUUAUAUUGACAAGAAGGUGACCAAUGAAAGGAUAGAAAUGGGUUAUCAUACUUGAUACACCCUGUGAAGCAUGACUUGUGUUUUUUGUUUUAGAACUCGAUGUUUUAAGCUACAAUAUUUCUUUAUUUGUUUAAGAACAUAAACCUGAACACUGAGCCAACUUCUAUAUAACAUAGCUCCUCCAAACGUUAUACAGUUUGAUUUUGUAAUAAUUAAUAAAUAUAUUCAUAUUGUUAUAUUCAUGAUCAACUUUUAUUUGUGUUUUUUCAUUUGUCAAGAAGACCCUACUGACAACUGAAGCACUACAAUUGUAUGAAUUAUUUUGAAAAAAAACUAUACAGUGUAUAAUCAAGUAUUAAAGUGAUGAUGCGAUCAUUAACUUCAUUUAGAAAUAUUUAUAUGAAGGCGUUGAUCCAUGUUUGUAAUAAAAGAAAAUGUAUUUUGA